UCUCUCACACACACACACACUCACUCUCACAUGAAAGAGCAGUGAGAGAGAGACAAAACUAGGAGGAGGGGCAGACUAGUUGCAUGUAUUUUUGAUGUGCUGUGAUUCUGCAGUCAUAGAUCUCACACACACACACACACACCCUGGUGGCUGUCCUGGAUGCGGGCGAGUGUGAGGUAGCGUGGUCUUGGAGCGGAGUGGCAGGAUGACGACCGCGGAGCAAGGCGAGGGUGGCACACACACACACACACGCUCGGAGCCGGACGAGUUCUGUGAGCGCGCGGUCACUCUGAUCGUGGAGCUCUGCCUGGAUGACAGUCCACUGCUGGACACACACACGUGCGAGGAGUUCCUACUGCUGCUCACCACACACAGGCCAACCAGCGGCCACGCAGAUCUCUCCUUUUCCCUGCUGCUGCUGGUAUUCUCGGCGUGCGCUUUGGCUCUGUUGGGCGUCGUCACCUUCGCCUCCUGGAAGCUCUGCUGGUUGCCGUGGCGACAUAAGCACCUCUCGUCCAGUGCCAGCAUUCUUGCCCCGCCCCCCGACCACGAGGAGCCUUCCCCUGGCCACUCACACACACACACACACACACACACUCACACACGCGCGCGCGCCUCGCUGCGGCCCUACAGUAUGGCGGCGGAGAAGGAUUCUGGGAGUUUCCUGGAGGCGGCGGUGAAGAUCAGCCACACGUCCCCCGACAUCCCGGCCGAGGUGCAGCUCUCCAUGAAGGAGCACCUGCUGCGGCGGACACGCAUCUCCCGCCAGACCACCGAGCCCGCCUCCUCCAACAGGCACAGCUCCUUCAAGAAGCACCUCCCCCGGCAGAUGCACCAUGUGGCCAGCCUGGACGGCGGCACAGACUUCCUGGAUGCGGAGGAGAAGCACUUGGGCCUGGGCCGCCUGCAGCCAGAGCUGUACCAGCAGAGUGCCGUGGAGGCUGACCACUCUGCCGACAACGACCCCAGCAAGAACUGCGGCAAGAUCAACUUCUCUCUCAAGUACGACUACGAGAGCGAGCAGCUGCUGGUCACCAUCGUACGCGCACUGGACCUGCCAGCCAAGGACUUCUGCGGAAGCUCUGACCCCUACGUCAAGAUCUACCUGCUGCCCGACCGCAAGCGGAAGUUCCAGACGCGCGUCCACCGCAAGACGCUCCACCCCACCUUUGACGAGAGUUUCCAGUUCCCCGUGCCGUACGCCGAGCUGGCCACCUGCAAGCUGCACCUGAGCGUCUUCGACUUCGACCGCUUCUCACGCCACGACAUGAUCGGAGAGGUCAUCCUGGACAACCUGUUUGAGGAGUCAGACCUGUCCCGCGAGACGUCCAUCUGGAGAGACAUCCAGUAUGCCACCAGCGAGAGUGUGGACCUAGGUGAGAUCAUGUUUUCCUUGUGCUACCUGCCCACGGCAGGUCGACUCACUCUCACUGUGAUCAAGUGCAGGAAUCUGAAGGCCAUGGACAUCACUGGCUACUCAGACCCGUAUGUGAAGGUGUCGCUCAUCUGUGAUGGCAGGCGACUGAAGAAGAAGAAGACGAGCAUAAAGAAGAACACGCUGAACCCCGUGUACAACGAGGCCAUCAUCUUUGACAUCCCCCCCGAGAACAUGGACCAAGUCAGCCUGCACAUCUCCGUCAUGGAUUAUGACCUGGUGGGCCAUAAUGAGAUCAUCGGGGUGAAUCGCGUGGGCAGUCAUGCUGAAGGCCUGGGCCGGGACCACUGGAGCGAGAUGCUGGCGUAUCCACGGAAACCCAUCGCUCACUGGCACCCUCUGCUGGAGGCCAAGAGGUCUGAGAAAGAGUGGAAGGCUCGCACUGCCAGCUUUGACAGUCAGGGUUCUUGCCCCUCCCCCCGCCUCCCGUCCAGCCCAUGAGGGCGGGCCAGGAUAGAAGCCACACCCCUUCCAUGGAGCCCCUCCCAGUUGCUGCUGUUCUCCAGAGGACGUGACGGUCAGCUUGAGUCGCCGCUGGGAGCAGCGUCCGGCCUGCCUGUCCACCGCCAGAGACACCACCCAGACAGCAGGCCGCACCCCUGCACAGACUGCUGUGUGUGUGAGAGAGACUAAUUACAAGUGUGUGUGUGUGUGUGUGUGUGUGUGUGUGUGUGUGUAUGGGGGUGGGUUUAAAGUGCACAACUGGAAAUGUAGCCACAUGUGUCAUGUACAGUGUGAUGGUGAUAUUUUGGUUUCUUGUGUAAAUUUGGAGAAUUUUAUGUUUACGUAUGAGCUUUCUGUUGUGUUGUUUUGCCUCCCUCAUUUAGAUUCUUUACUGUGAACAAGCCAGACGCAUUUUAUAGACUCAAAAAUCAUGUAACCACAGAGAUUUUCUGUUAGGUUGUCAUGGUAACAAGGCUACUCUGAUGUGUGUGUGAGCUUCUGCUUCUGAGUUUGUGACUCUCGGCUCGGUUGAUGUGACCUGCCUGGUAUAGUGUGUGUGUGUGCGUGUGUGUGUGUGUGUGCGUGUGUGUGUGUGUGUGUGUGCGUGUGUGUGUGUUUACCCUCAUUAAGCUCCGUGUACGAGAGGAAAGCCGCCUCGCUCGUUUGAUCUUCGCCAUGACCCAGAAGCUUCUGCUAACGAGGGCGCCGCCACUCGCAUAAUCUGGCCUGCAGCUCUGCUGGACUGGACACUUGUCUGGACAUGUGUUCUGCAUCUUGGUUCUGCACAUCUGGUUCUGGAUGUGCUCCAGACCUUUAGUUCUCUAACAGGUUCCACAGAGGUAGACCAUGACUCAGCACCUGAUAGACCCAUCCUGCUUUCAGAGGUAGACCAUGACUCAGCACCUGAUAGACCCAUCCUGCUUUCAGAGGUAGACCAUGACUCAGCACCUGAUAGACCCAUCCUGCUUUUAGAGGUAGACCCCUCCAGAACAUGACUCAGCACCUGAUAGACCCAUCCUGCUUUCAGAGGUAGACCAUGACUCAGAACCUGAUAGACCCAUCCUGCUUUCAGAGGUAGACCAUGACUCAGCACCUGAUAGACCCAUCCUGCUUUCAGAGGUAGACCAUGACUCAGCACCUGAUAGACCCAUCCUGCUUUUAGAGGUAGACCAUGACUCAGAACCUGAUAGACCCAUCCUGCUUUCAGAGGUAGACCAUGACUCAGCACCUGAUAGACCCAUCCUGCUUUUAGAGGUAGACCCCUCCAGAACAUGACUCAGCACCUGAUAGACCCAUCCUGCUUUCAGAGGUAGACCCCUCCAGAACAUGACUCAGCACCUGAUAGACCCAUCCUGCUUUCAGAGGUAGACCGCUCCAGAGCAUGACUCGGCACCUGCGUUGUUUAGAUGUGCACCUGCCAGGUUUGUGAGAGGGUGUGACUGUAGGGCCGUUUGUCUGGGCCAGCUGUGAUGUGCCAAGUCGUGGAAUCUUUUAGCCAAUAGGAAACAGCGAGAGGUCAGCCCUGCACAUGUCAUCAUCUGGACAUCUGUGCUGAAGCUCAUUUACUGAUCACUUAUUUAGUGCUAUGUGUAUUCUGUGUGUGUGUGUGUGUGUGUGUGUGCGCGCUGUGUGCAGUAUUACUGAUCACUUAUUUAGUGCUAUGUGUAUUCUGUGUGUGUGUGUGUGCGCGCGCUGUGUGCAGUAUUACUGAUCACCUAUUUAGUGCUAUGUGUAUUCUGUGUGUGUGUGUGUGUGUGUGUGUGUGUGUGUGUGUGUGUGCAGUAUUACUGAUCACCUAUUUAGUGCUAUGUGUAUUCUGUGUGUGUGUGUGUGUGUGUGCAGUAUUACUGAUCACCUAUUUAGUGCUAUGUGUAUUCUUUCCCUCUUAUUUCUGUAGCUUUGGAUAUCCUGCUGUAUUAACUUAGUGUGUGUGUGUGUGUGUGUGUGUGUGUGUGUGCACUGUGUGCAGUAUCACAAGUCCUGAUUCUUAACAAAAGUCCUACUGUAGUCUUCUUCCCCCUUUUCAGGUACCUAUGGGAGAAUUUACACUUUUAUAAGAGCAGUUUGUAUGUGUACAUAGUCCCUGUUUCUGACCUGCCUUGUACUAAAAUGUGUCAUUAAACUCCAUUAAACAC